AUGGAGGACUCGCCAGAGUCGGAACGUCCACUGAAGCGCGUCAAGUACGCGCAGCAGGAUGGCGAUAUAAUCCCAGUGAAUAUAGCCGCGUCCGAUAUACGGGCCCCCGACGGCAUACCUGGGCCCAUGACCACCGAUGUCUCGUUAUUUGACAAUACAUGGCCGCUGCCGACUGGUUUGGCGUCUCCGUCGCAGGUGCUCUACAGCCUCUCCGAAGACCUCAACAGCGGCUCUUGGGCCUCGUCUUUUCCAGCACCCCAGCCUGCGGGACUGAACCUUCCUUCAGCCACAUCGCCUCAACUUCAACCGACUUCUCACCAAGCUUCUCAACCGCCUCGUCUGCCUCGUCUCCUUCCCGCGGUGCCGGUCGGCUCUCCGGAGCCUGCUGUUGAGGCCCGAGACAUCGAGACGCAUGUGCCAGCGGAUGUCCCUGCCGUCAGCCCGUUCACUGAUAAUGGCGAGCGGUUAAUUGUGUCAACCGUUCCUCGCUAUGUUCGCCCGGAGAACGGCCAGGUGAACGGCUAUGUCAAGUUCAACUGGCCCUCAAGAGCGCCAUCGAGACGGCCGUCUACCGUUAUACAACCGUCAUCAGACGAUGAUGUUGAAGAGAUCCCGACGAACUCAACCCAGCUAGCAGCUGCGAGCCGCCGUCCUAGUACAGUGACCAUCUUCGGGCCCGUGCCUGUGCCAUCCGUGUUGACCGGCGGGACUGUGUCCCCUGUGAGUACAGAUUCGACAUUGAUGUCAGUUGGUUCAUCACCGACGAUGCCAACAUCUUCGCCAAUAACGCCUCCGGAAUCUUCAUUGCAGCUCAUGUCGACCAAUGAGCCAAGAAUGUUGCCACCGCAAUUCGGAUUCCAGGCCAAAAUGGAUCGGAUUGAUAGGCGGUUAUUUGAAUUUUAUACCAAAAACUGGUGCCCCGGGAGAAGUGUUCUCAGUAAUACGAACCUGUGGCUGAGGGACUUGGCCCCAAUGCAUAAGAACGAAGGCAUCCGCUAUGCCAUCCAGAGUUUGGCUGGUGUCUAUAUCUAUGAUUACCUUCCGGAUGAACGCAUUCGACAACGGAUCAAUGAGCGAUACAUCAUGGCAGACGAGUAUUUCAGCAAACUUCUCGUCGCUCCGGAGAGCAGAAGAAUUGGGGGUGGUGAUGAAGUCAUUACCAUGGCCGUUCUUCUCUCAAUGCAAGAUAUCGUGUUGACCGAACGGCGGCUGAAGAAACCAUACAAACCUCGUUGGUUAGAAGGAUUCAAGCAAGGCGAAUACUUUUUGCAGGCGACAGAUCCGGGUGGCCGAUUCUGGAAAGACGACAACGUCCAGUAUAGCGAUUUGCGAAUCUCUCAGUCCAUCAUCGUCGGUCGAGCCGUCAUCCUCGCCCAACCAAUGAUGGCUCUCCCUUCGCCAGCGACUCUUGACCCCGAGGUGGAGUCGGGCAGAUUCGGUUGGUUGCUCUAUGGCACGCUGAAGGACAUGCUCGAAAUUCAUGGCGGCUGCGGCUUUUCAAAGAAGCUCCUGCACACUAUGAGUCAAGUGACAUACUGCGCUGCCCGCCUGCAGCAGGAACCCGACAGCACCAUCGUUCCCAUCACGGCACGAUACCUUCACCGUGAACUGCAGGAGAUGCGACAAUGGAGCCGCGAAGGGAUCACAUGGGAGGAAGCGCAGAAACAUCCGCAGGUGAUAGAGUGGGUGAGGGAGAGCCCGGACGACACAAUCAUCGACUCGAACCAGGCCAUGACGGACGUGACGGCCGAGGCGUGGAGACUUGCCGCCAUCAUUUACUUGCAAUGCCGACUCUUCAGGCUCCCUCGCAACCACCCCGACGUUCUUGCCAAUUUGACCGAUCUCGCAAAAUGCAUCCGCAUCAUGCCGACAUCGGGCUCACACUUCACGGCUCAGGCACCUCUACUGCCAGUCUUCUUCUUAGGCAUGCUCGCCACUCACCCCGACCACAAGAAGGUGUCACGAGACUGGUUUGAGGAAGUGGUUCGGACGCCAGUUCGCAGCAGCGUCCCUCCGCUGUACCACGCGCUCAAGCGCAUCUGGGCCUGGAUCGAUCACGAUGUCCAGAUCCCCCCUGAACCCUCGGUCCUACCCAAGUCUAUCGGCAAGAGGUAUCCUUGGUGGGAACACCUCGUCGCAAGCGUCCAUGAAAAGGAAGAGGAGACCCUAUGCCUAACCUAG